GGCCUGGAAAUAUGAUUCCAGGGCACAGAUUUUCAUGCUCUGAAACCCGGGAAAUUGUCUCAUACACUUCUGUUCUUUGCCAUCAGAUAUUUGAACCUAACACCGAUCAGGUCAGUGCUGGGGGAUCUUUUUGUAAGCAGCUUGACGAGAAAACCGCUGAGUUAUUCAAAGGACCUAAUAAGGUUUGAUUAUUAGCAUUGCAGCAUGUGGGUAACACACCUGGUAUCUUUGGUUCUUCUGGCUGCUGCAGCCUCGGCCGCCACUUCUGCAUCAGCAGACAAAGUGUUGAGUAACCAUGCCAACAUUCUGGCUGACAGCACUGCCAACUUGGCUUUCAGUCUCUACCAAAACAUGGCAAAGGAGAAAAAUGUAGAGAACAUCAUCAUUUCCCCUGUAGUAGUGGCCUCCUCUCUGGGUCUGGUGGCUCUUGGGGGAAAGGCCUCCACUGCCUCUCAGGUAAAAACCAUCCUGAAUGCAGCUAAAGUCAAGGAUGAGCAGCUGCACUCGGGUCUGGCCGAACUGCUUAUGGAGAUAAGUGACCCAAAGACCCGCAAUGUUACCUGGAAGAUUAGCAACCGCCUAUAUGGACCCAGCUCCGUCACCUUUGUGGAUGAGUUUGUCAAGAGCAGCAAAAAGCAUUAUAACUGUGAGCACUCCAAGAUAAACUUCCGAGAUAAGAAGAGUGCUGUGAACUCCAUCAAUGAGUGGGCAACCAAGUCGACUGAUGGCAAACUGCCUGAGGUCACCAAGGAUGUAGAAAAGACUGAUGGGGCGAUGAUCAUCAGUGCUAUGUUUUUCAAACCUCACUGGGAUGAGCAGUUCCAUGAUAAGAUGGUGGAUAACCGUGGAUUCAUGGUGUCCCAUAGCUACACUGUUUCAGUACAGAUGAUGCACCGCACAGGUCUCUUUUGGUUCUAUGAUGACACAGCCAAUAAAUUAUCUAUCCUGAGCAUGCCUCUAGCUCAUAAGAAGUCCACUGUGGUAUUCAUCAUGCCCCACCAAGUGGAACCUCUGGAUAGACUGGAGAAGAUGCUGACCAAGAAGCAGGUGGAUAAAUGGCUAGGCAUGCUACAGGAGACAGCCACAGCUGUGUCUCUACCCAAAGUCAGCAUGGAAAUCAGUCAUGAUCUUCAGAAACAUCUCCAUGAACUGGGCCUGACAGAGGCUGUGGACAAAUCUAAAGCAGACUUGUCCAAGAUCUCUGGGAAGAAGGACCUCUAUCUGUCCAGUGUUUUCCAUGCCUGUGCGUUGGAAUGGGGCACUGACGGAAAUGAAAUUAAUAUCAGCAUCUUUGGCACAGACAAGCUCAGGAACCCCAAACUGUUCUACGCUGACCACCCCUUUAUUUUUCUAGUAAAGGACCAGAAAACAAACUCCAUCUUGUUCAUUGGCAGGAUGGUCAGACCAAAGGGUGAAAAGAUGAGAGAUGAAUUGUAACCAUGUGUUGACCUCAGGGUCUAAGUUAGAUGUUUGACUGUGUGCAUGAGUGUAGAUUUUCUACUGCAACAUGCUGAGAAAAAAAAUGAGAAAUGAAGGGUACAUUUGAUACUGUGUAAGAGCACUCCUCUUUGUCACAUGGAAAUAACAUUCCAUAAUACCCAACUUAAAUAUUUUGUCCUGUGAUUUCUGAGCAAGUCAAUGUGCACAUCUUUGAAUUUGGGACAGUAUUUAAUAAUGCAAUGUGCGUGUUUGUUUUUAUGAUGGCAGAUCAUAUUAUGGACUGAAGACUUAGGUUAAGUAUGACUUAUUAAAUUUUGUUAAAGCAAAAUUUAAAUGGAGCAGCAUUAACGUCAAGAUGUGUACACAGAAUAAUGGGUUCUAUUGUCAUCAAAUCUUAAAUUAUUUAUGUAAAAUGUUCACAUCCUGCUGCUUCUUAUUUUGUGCCCAUUCUUUCUGCUAACUGUUUUUCUCUGUGUUGAUCUAUGCCAAAUGCAAUUCAAUAUGUACACACAAAUUACCAAUACAAACUACAACUGUUACAAACUUCCUGUUUUUUGCAAUUAAAAAAAAAAAAAGAGCUUGCUGUUAUCCUUAUUUUAGGAUCCUGACUUUUACUCUGUGGUCUAAAGGAUAUCUGAUUUGCUUGUGUGGACCGGGCACUUUGGCCUAAGGCAGGCAGGAUUUUACAGGGCUAUAUUAGCUGAAAAUUCCACUGAGGGUGAUCAUAUGGCCUUCUGGACAGCUCUACUUUCAAAGGAGAUGAUACAGAGUUGCAAAAGUGUACACUAUAGUGGUACACAUGGCCUAAGAAUGCAUAAACUAAGACUACAUAAAAGGACGUCUGGAUUUAUGACACAUGUAGAAAAAAUAACAUCUCAGACAAAAGUCACGUAUUUCAUUGUUAACUAACGGAUUAAUUCAUUCUGUCAUUUUCAACACAGCAAACAGCGUUUUUGCAUGAACUACACUACUUAAUGAGUCAUACAACUGCAGCAGGAGUUGUUAAUUGCCCAGCAUUUCACAUGAACAUAAAGGAGCUAUGGUAUGUACAGAUGUAUCAGUCCCCUGCUAUGAUACAGAUUUGUGUUUGACGUUUUCCCAGCCUGCUGUUUUAUCACCACUGUACAACCUGCUUAGCUUGUGUCACUGGCUUGUUUAUUGAGACUGUAUUGCCUUGUGGUUGACCAGUGUUCCUCUUUUGCUUGAACUGUGUGACACAUUUCUGUCCAGUUAUUGCUGAUGUAGUAAUGAAGUCUUGAAUUGAAACUUUGUUAUUUAUUGUUGCUAUGGCAAUCCACAUUCAGAUGUGUACAGGAAGAGAAGCAGUUGGUUUUUUCUGGUUUUCUUGCCUGCCUGUAUCUUUUUCUUUGUCAACAUACAACAUGCAAACCCAUAUGCAUUGUGUGUAUAUUCAUUCAUUAAAAAGUGGGA